AUGUUCGUAACUUCCAAAUGGAAGUUAUUAAUUAUUAUUUUCAUAGUCAUUAUAAAACAAUCACUUCAACACGAAGGUAAGCGUAUUCUACUAGUCUACGAACGUAUGAUAUUAUUAUUUUUUCAAAAUUUAGAUUAUGGUUGUUGUGUCGGUGCAUUAGGGAGCUAAAUUUUCAGACGCCUUGUUGUUUUCCUAAUAUUAGAGUGAAAUCGAAAGAAAAAAACUGUUAUAAUGAAAUAAUGGAAAUAUUGACUCAGCAACGGUAUUGGUAAAAAUACAUUUUUUGUUUUAUUACCAUUUGUUAGAAAGUAAUCGUCCAGGGAUCAGACAUUUUCAAGAAUACAUUUUAGUGUUAUAUUUAAGCAAACGAGGAACAUGUACAUUAUUUCCAAAAUACACUUUGACCCAGUUAUUUAUACCUAGCUAUAUAUUAUUUUUAUUUUUGUUUCGUUUUACAAAGAAAAUAUAUACAUAUUUUAAACUCAGUAAAAUAAGAUUAAAUAAAAAAAACGUCUGAAUUUACAAAAAUGUAAACUUAUUAAUUUCAAAAAUAAUUAAUAUUAUCCUAUUAAAUAAACGGCAUACCCGUCUUUCUGUUAUUAUUUGAAUUAUGCAAUUCUUUAAUAUAGUAUGUUCGUAAGAUCCUCCAUGGUUAAAAAAACGACCAAUCUUAACUAGUAAUAGGAGUUGAACUNAAUUAUACACCGUGCUGCCGUAAAUUAUACUAAAUGAGUGUGCAGCAAAUAAUGCUGGAGAACACAAAUUUAAAAUUUUAGGUUGGACAAGCGACUUGUCUUGCCCUCUUUCUCCUGGGGACGCCCAUGACAAAUCAAAUAUAUAUUUUUUUUUAAAACAUUAGCUGAAAAUACUGGACCAGCUGAAUCCAAGGUUUUGGAAACCCAUGAAAGUAGUAAGUAAUUAUUCAAAAUUAUGAUCAAUAAUAGAUUUUUAUAAUAUUCAGAAACACCUUAGCACGACUCAGGGCUUCAUCACCGAACACUUUCACCAAUUUAUCGUACGUUUCCAUAACGGAAUCGCCGAGUUUAACGCAAAAUUUAAUCGCGUAGCGCUGAUAUUUGUGACACGCCUUACAAACACGUUGUCGAAAACAUAACACAACUGGAAAACUAAUUAUUGUACGAAAAUCGCGAGCACAUGUAUCGAUAGAGGAGGGAUGAGAGAUUAACUGAACGAAGUUUCAGAUUUGCAGUGUUACCACAAGCGUGGCAAAAAAAACAGUCUCAUUAUUUAUUGGUCAGACCUCGUAUAAUUCUUUAAUAUCGUAUAUUAGUAAGACGGAAUCCUUCCUAGUGAAAAGAUCCUUCACGGUUAAAAUAAACAACCGAUCUCAACUAGUAAAAUUAUAAGAGCUGAACUAUCGCAGGACUAUAUGGUAACUCUAUGAUUUCCCUAUUUGCUGGUGUUACGAUGUUCAUGUAAAAUAAUUGAAACCUGAAAAAAGCUCCAAAAAAAAAUAAAUAAACCUAGCAUUAUUAUUACCUAACCUAAUCGCGUUUUGUAAAAGUUGUAGACUUAUUAGAGUAUCAAAAAUAAUUCAUUAUUUAAUAAUGAAUAGGAUCUUAAUAAAUUUUACUUAUUAAUUUUAUAAAGUCUAAAUCAUACUUGUUUUGUUAUAAAAUAUGUUGUAAUAUAAUUUUUUAAAAACAUAUUAUGAAGCUCAUGAAUCAAUCCCACCACCUAAUGUCCAGAUAAAUAUCCAAGAAGGUAAGCGAUUUUAUUUGAUAGAUAGAUAUUUUAUUUUAUUUUAUUAUAUAUAUAUAUAUAUUUUUUGUCGAAUCAGUUAAAAAGAGUUAAAAAAAAAAUGUUGAAAAUCAACAAAAUUUUCGUUUUAUGAUUACCAAAAAUUAAAAAGUUUACAAUAGGUGUAGAAAACAAUAAUUGAUUCUACAGUUAACUUAUACAUUGAUAAGAGACAGCAAUAGCACCUUACAUUUGUAUUUUGUAUAUUUUUUUUGUGUUUUCCAGAAAAAUUACAAUCAACAUCAAAUAAAAAAUACGAGUAUCAUGUAAACAAUAAAUUUAUCAUAAAUAACAGUGAGUUUUUACGUUCUUAGUUUGCAUUUUAAAUGCACCUAAUAUAAUGAGAACAUAGAUAAUGUUGCCAUCAUGCUUUUUCAUUUUUUAAGCUGUCAAUGAAAUGCAAUAUAAGUCUAUAAAUCAUUAAUUAUCUAUUAUUAAUGAUCUAUUAGUUUUACUUAAAUGUGUAAUUUUAUUUUUUCUGUCUUUAAAAAACUAUUUUCCUAGAAAUCUUGCUCAAAUCAAAAUAUGACAAGGGUUAUUUUAAUUGUAUUUUGGUUCUAGUGGGUUCUUUAGUUUUUGAAAUUCUCAUUAAUAUUCGAGAUAAUGAAAAAAAUCUGUUAUUUUAGAGAUAAAAAUUGUAUCUGAUGUUUUUGAUAAUUUAUGUGAUAAUAAUUUAAAAUUUUAUAGUUUCAUUUAAAACCAACGAGAACAGUACAAGAGAAGAACGUCCUGGGCCUUCCAGGGAUUGGAGUUUCCAAGAAACAAUAUCAUCAUUGUAUUCGGUAAUCGCCGGAUUCGUUACAAAAUGUUUUCAUAGCAUUCAUUUAACUUAG